GCCGCGUCCCCCUUCCACUCCUCCUUGUCCCACCCACUCUUCUCUACCAUACGGGUCAUCCAAGCCCUACUCGUACUCCUCCUCAGUGUCACUCGCACAGUCCCUCCCUCUUUCUCUCCUCUGCCCCGCACUUGCGCUUCCGCGGCACCGUAGCUGCCGAUCAGCGCCUGAGAGCAAACGGGAUCAAUCCAUCUGCCCCCGCUGCCCCCUUUCCGUUGACGAGGCACAGAGGAACAGCAGCCUCGGACUCGCAUCACCUCCUUCGCUCAUCAUGGCUCCUGCUCGCCGCCCUCCUUCCUCGUCGUCAUCCUCUUCCACUACCUCCUCUCAGCCACCCCCUCCACCGCCUCCAGCACCUUACCAGGCACCCUCCUUCUCGCGGCCCUUCUCCCGCUACCCCUCCUUCAAGCAGGCCGAUUCGGAUCAUCCCGACAACGGACACCCAUCUGCCAGGGGAAUCACACCCGAACGUGAGGGAGCAGCUGGAUUGACUGGACUCCCACCACCGCCACCACCGCCUGGUCACCACCAGCACUCGGCUGCCAUUCCACCCCCUCAACGCUACCACCAUACCAUGCCCGCCCCCGCUUCCAACCGACAGCACGCCAAUCUCAUCAUGAGGAGGCCUGCAAACAACGGCUACACUGGCGUGCCAAUGUCCUUCUCUCGAGGCGGUGUCGACCAACAGGCGCAAGAAGACUCGGAUGAGAUUCCAGGUGACGACGAUGAGGAGGAAGAGGACGAGGAGGGACGCAAGCAGGCCGGCGCACCUCAGCCCUACCAGCACCAGCAUGCUCACCAGCAACCGCUUACAGGCGCAUAUCCCGCUCAACAAAGCUACCCUGGAAUCCCUCCUUCCACGCAACCUCCGAGGCAGCAGUCGUACCCACACUCGUACCCUCAGCAUCAAGCACCACCUGCACCGUCUAACGGCAAGCACCGCAAGACAAGUACCUCUGCCUCCAGCACCGGCAGUCAGACUGCCGUGGGCGUGGCUCCAAACGUCCCCAACAUGAGUGCGGGAGGCGCGUCUCCCGGAGCUACUGGUGGAGGCUCUUCCCAGCCUCCUGGCUCAGCCGGAAAGAGCGCUUCGCCUGGCAAGACAACAAAGAAGAGGGACCGCAUUUCCCAGGCCUGCAACUUCUGCCGUCAGCGUCGCAUGAAGUGUCGAGGCGGACGGCCCGUAGGUGCCAACUAUCCCAGCGACCCGGGACAGCCCUGUGAUCGAUGCGCAGAGAAGGGGUCCGAAUGUAGCUGGUCAUGUUACUCUGAUUCUGGCCGACAGGCUACCACCGCUCGGAAGAAGAGCAGGCUUAGCGGCGCGCCUCUACCUGAGUCUCUCACAGGCGGGCGCUACGACGGUGCAACAAUGGCGUCGGGAAGCAACAGCGGUACCAGUACUCCAAGCCAGUCACGGCAAAAGACCGGUGGGGCAUUCUCACCAGGCGAGUCUGCUGGUCGAGGAAACCGUAACGCUAGUCGUCGACGCACUCUGGAAGCUGCCGCAUCUGCACGAGAGGAGUCUGGAUAUGGACCGGAGACCCAAAGUCAGGAUUCUCAGGCAUUGGCAGUACACGCCGCUCUCCAGUAUCACCUCGAGCACCGCGGAGAUGUCGAAGAUCCACGACCUCAGCCUCUCACAAUGGAGGUUGGCGCUCCCAGUGGUACAGGCAGAGACGCUCUUCAGCCACGAGCCAUCGUACCGGAUGGUACACUCGGUCACAAACGGAAACGAAGUGAUCAAGAGGCAUCUGCCGCUCUGAUGAUGAUGCCUCAUAUCGAUCCUGCUCUCGGUGGAAGUGGAGGCGCUCCUUUGCCUCAAGAUGCUCAUGGCGCCAAGCGAGGAAGAGCCGUCGAUCCAGAGAACACGUACAGCAAUGGUGCAGUCCCAACCAUGUCUGGACCCCUUCGACCGUCUGUCUAUUCACGUGGUGUAGUCCCAUCGAGGAAGACCUUGUCCGCAGCCAAGGCAAGGCCCCAUGGAUAUGCCUCAGACACUGGCGAUCUCGCCACAGCUAGCACCAAGAAAGAGUCGAGGCGGAGAAAUUCCAUCGCAGGUGGUGUCAGCCUCUCUGAUCUGGCCGUGUUGUCCCUCAUUGAAGAGCAUAAGGCUCGGGCAAGCGACAUCGCCUCAGCGAUGCCAGCUAGCCUAGCAACCAUCAAGAAAGAACCCGGCAAGCUUCCUUCGUUCGAAAGAAGCGGUCUUGGGCCUGACACGCCGAUGUCGGCCCCCGCUGCUGCUGAGGACUAUCUAGGGGAGAUGCUGUUGCCCGUGAGCCCUCUCAUUGUAGCACAAGUUGCCGAUGUGGCGCCCAGAGGUAUCAGUCAACGACGUAAAGACGUCACGUCUGGCUUCAAGAUCGAUCAUCUUGAGCUCGAUGACUCUGCAACGCUUCACGAUAUUCUAGGAUACGCAGUUCCUCCCGUCGCAGUCAACGGCGGUGUUGCCGGCGACCCUCAGCAAUACGCCAACAUCGAUCCAAGCCUGGGCCCCUCUGCUUCACAGAUGGGCAUGAUGCCUCCGCUGAGCCAGACGAGCUUCAAACCUUCUUCUGACUCUCAGCUGGAGCCUUGGUUUGACAUCGGAGGGGCAGGAAUGCCCAGCCAGCAAAGCCAGCAGCUGACGUCUCAGCACUACAGUCACCACCCCUACCACCAGCAGAGCGCCCCGCAUCCUUACGGCUACUCGCAAGUGGGUGCUCAGACGGCUGGCUGGCCCUAUGCUACGGCGUCUGACCACUCGCCUCAGCAAGCAGCGCGUGGCACAUCUGCCUCAGCUUAUCCACCGUAUGCUCAGCAGCUUCCCUACUCGCAUUAUCGCUAUACCUCGACGAAUCUUCCCACCGGUUCGCCCGGAUCCUACGCUGCAUCGACGCCGCAGGAUGCUGGCAACUACUACCCUCUACCAGCUCACGGCGAGGGAAGUCUCUCCCAGCUUGCCGACAUGAGUCUCGCGAGGUUUGGGAACUUGAGCCAGAGUCAGGAGAACGAUGGGCAGAUGAGGAGGUCAAGCUCUGUCUCUUCGCUGACCGGCAGUCAGGGCCCAGCAACGGGCGCACGAGGUGAUGGCGAUGCGCUUCCUCCGCCACCUUCGCAGGCAGAAGCCGAUACGGGUCUGCCCAGGGAGCCGCUGAUUGAGUAUGGGACUAGUCAAAGCCAGAGUCAGGGUCAGGGAAGGGGCGACGCGAGUGAAGGAGCACAAGCUGCUGGACUGGCCGUCGGUGAUGUAGCCGCGGCUGCCAUUGCUGCUGCUGCUGCGCAGGGGGGACAGGACGCAAAUGGAGAGAAGAUGGAGGAGUAGAAGAACAUGCAUUGAUGAAUGAGAAAAGACAUGGCGAGCGCUGGUAGAGAUGGGUGUAAGUGAGAGGGGCGGACUGGUGCUUUGUUCUGUAAGAGAGAAACCUCAUCUAUCGCUCGUGUAGGGCUAGUCAGAGCACAGCAGAGCAAAGCAGAGGCGGCAAAACGAAUUGGAACGAAUUGUCAGUACUUUUCUCGCAUAGUCAGUCAGUCAGUCAGUCAGUCAGUCAGUCAGUCC